AUGAAGGCGGUUAACGGUCUCCUCUUGCUGGGCCUCAUGGCAGGACUGUCUCUCGCUGCACCCACUGGCUCUGGUGCUGUUGGCAAUCGAGGAGACGACAUCCCGAAUCAUGUUGAAAUCGACCAAUGGAACAAGCGCCAAUCAGGAGCUCUCGGUUCUGUCGGAGCUGACGCAUCCAUCGGCGGCGGGGUUGAUAGAAGUCAAGACGUCUCCAUUGGUGCUGCUCCGGUCCUUAAUGAUGGGACUAAUCAGGCCCAGGAUAGUUCUGUUGGUGCUGUUCCAACUACUAGUGAUGGAGGUGAUAGGAACUAUGAUAUUGCUGUCGGUGCUUCUUCAUCGAUCAAUGUGAAGUAG